CUCAGGGCAAGAUGAUCAUGCAGGACAAGCUGGAGAAGGAGAGGAAUGAUGCAAAGAAUUACGUAGAAGAGUAUGUGUACGACAUGAGGGACAAACUACAUGGCAUGUUGGAGAAGUUUGUCAGUGAGUCUGACCGAGAUGCUUUGUCAGUAAAGCUGGAGGAUACUGAAAACUGGUUGUAUGAAGAUGGAGAGGACCAACCCAAACAGGUGUACAUUGACAAACUGGCAGAGUUGAAGAAACUUGGCCAGCCCAUCCAGGAGAGGUACAUGGAGGCUGAAGAGCGACCUAAAGCAUUUGAGGAGCUGGGAAAACAAAUCCAGCAGUAC